CCUUCCUUCCUCUUGUCUCUUAAAAUCAGCCCGGCCGUAUUGCCUCUUGAGUAAUUGAGAAAGAGACCCAACCUUUUCUCCAUCCACUAUCUCUACUCUCUCACAAGAAAAACCUCAAAAAUGGAGAGUCAGAACCACCACCACUACACCGACCUCCAACAUCCUCUGCUCCGCCCCAAAUCACCAUCUUCCUCACCAAGUUUAUUGUCCUUUGAUGAUCAAGCCAGCCACCAACUUGAAUCUAUACUAUCAGAUACCCAGUUACCUCAGCUCAGGCGUCUCCGUUUAGCUACCAUAAUCGAACUCAAACUCCUCCUCUAUCUCGCCGUCCCGGCUGUUAUCGUUUACAUGAUCAACUACGUCAUGUCUAUGUCCACCCAGAUCUUCUCCGGCCACCUUGGUAACCUUGAGCUCGCCGCAGCCUCCCUCGGCAAUACCGGUAUCCAAGCCUUCACUUAUGGUGUCAUGCUGGGAAUGGGAAGUGCAGUGGAGACCUUAUGUGGGCAAGCGUAUGGUGCAUCGGAGUAUGGAAUGCUGGGGGUAUACCUGCAGAGAUCAACGAUCCUCCUGAUGUUGACAGGGAUCCCAAUCACGAUCAUCUACAUCUUCUCAAAGCCCAUAUUGAUCCUCCUCCACCAGUCAUCAACGAUCGCAUCAAGUGCAGCCCUCUUCGUAUACGGCCUGAUCCCUCAGAUAUUCGCUUAUGCAGCAAACUUCCCUAUACAGAAAUUCUUGCAAUCACAGAGCAUUGUGGCCCCAAGUGCCUACAUAUCGACGGCGACGCUAUUUCUGCAUAUGUUAUUAACGUGGGUGGCGGUGUACAAGAUCGGGCUUGGGCUGUUAGGGGCGUCGUUGGUGUUGAGUUUUUCUUGGUGGGUUAUAGUGGUGGCUCAGUUCGUGUAUAUAGUGAAGAGCGAAAGGUGUGAGAAGACGUGGAGAGGGUUCACGAUGGAAUCGUUGUCGGGGCUGUGGGGGUUUUUUAAGCUAUCGGCAUCGUCGGCGGUGAUGCUGUGCUUGGAGAUUUGGUAUUUUCAGAUACUGGUCUUGCUCGCUGGGUUGCUUGAGGACCCUCAGUUGUCCUUGGAUUCUCUUUCCAUCUGCAUGACGAUAAGCGGCUGGAUUUUCAUGAUUUCAGUUGGAUUCAAUGCAGCUGCAAGUGUGAGGGUGAGCAACGAGCUGGGAGCUGGACACCCAAAAUCAGCUGCAUUCUCAGUGGUAGUGGUGACUUCGGUAUCUCUAGUAAUCACAUUAAUCAUAGCUACUGCAGUCCUUGCAUUACGCGAUGUCAUCAGCUAUGCUUUCACCAGUGGCGAAGCCGUCGCCCAAGCGGUCUCGGAGCUCUGCCCACUAUUAGCCGUCACUCUCAUCCUCAACGGAAUUCAACCCGUUUUAUCAGGUGUAGCGGUUGGGUGUGGAUGGCAAGCAUUUGUGGCUUAUGUUAACGUUGGAUGCUAUUACGUGGUUGGGAUCCCAUUGGGAGUUUUGCUGGGUUUUAAGUUUAAUUUUGGAGCCAAGGGAAUAUGGUCUGGGAUGAUAGGUGGCACAGCAAUGCAGACAAUCAUUCUACUGUGGAUUACCUAUAGGACAGAUUGGAACAAGGAGGUGGAGAAAGCUAUGGAACACAUAGAUAAAUGGAAAGUCAGGGAAGAACCGGAAGGAACAGAGUGACUAGGAGGAGCUUAGGAACUUCAAAGGCAUGCCAUGACUUGUAGUUUGUUGAGAGAAAUAGUAUCUUCUGGAGUAGAUGGAAUUAAUUUCCCAACAUGGUACAGCAUUCAUUCAGUCUAUUUUGAGGAAGUUCUUGAGCGGGUGAGCUGACUCCUUUGGGUAUCUCUUCAGUCCAUUCUUGAAGUCUACAUAGUUGAUACCGAAACGAACUGUGAACCCAUUAUCCCACUUGAAGUUGUCCAGCAAUGACCACAAGAAGAAUACCUCCACAUCCACUCCUCACUGCCAAUAUAAAAAGGGACCCACUAAUUAGCGAGAUCUCCUGGGACCUGAGAUUAUCUAUAAUAAAUCUCAGCUAUUAUUGUAGAUAAUCCUUUGAUGUUAUCAUUUUCUAUAGUUCGAACUUUUCAG